AUGCGUCUUCAUCUCAAUCCAUCAAUUCCUUUUGGUGGACACGUUUAUGUAAAAGGAUAUUUCUCAACUCCAAAAAGUUGCCAUUUAAAUUACUGCAAAUCCCCAGUGGCGUCUCCAUUUUACAUUCACAUUCCAUAUUUGGGCGAUUGUUUAGUAAAUUCACAGAGAUUAAGUAACCCUCAAGGAAUCAAUCAUCAAGUGACAAUCGUUGUACAACAUCAUCACUUUUUUGUGACCGCAGGUGAUCGAGCGUAUCGCUUAAAUUGUUUCUACGAGGAGCGAUCGAUGACUCUAAAACAACAAGUCAAUGUUAAUGAAAUCCAGCCAACAAAUUUGGAUGGUCAUCAGGGUUCUCUUUGUCAUUAUGAUGUCUUAAAUGGAAAUGUUAAUGGACCAAAAAUUGAAUUGGCGAGUAUCGGAGAUCCGAUUGUGCAUCGAUGGACAUGUGAUAGUGAUGAUACAGGUUUCCUCGUUCAUUCAUGUGUUGUCAAAGAUCAAGCCGGCAAAGAUUUCCCGCUCAUCGAUGAUAGAGGUUGCCCAAUUGAUCGAUCGCUUGUCCCUUCUUUACAAUAUUCAUCCGAUUUUCGAACUGUUCACACAACGAUCAAUGCUUUUCGUUUCGCUGAUCAACUUAUGGUGCAUUUCUCGUGUCAAUUAACUUUAUGCGAAAGAAAUGAUAAUGGAUGUGAGGGAAUUGUGCCACCAACUUGUAACCCAAUACCAUUAGACGCUCCUUUCAAAGCCACCUUCAGAAAUGCGAAUGAGAAAUUUGAAGAAAUUCAACGUCCUCAUUUCCGUAUGGAGCCCAUGAAUCAACGAGAAUUCUAUCAAACGAUCGGCUCAACAAAUCUCGACAAUGUACAUGGUGGAUUGGAUUACAAUAGUCAUGAAGAACAUCAGCAACGAGUAUCUCAUGAUUUUCCGACAUAUCAAUAUCGAAUCUCUCGAAUGAUUCAUGGAGAAUCGGAGAAAGGAAAAAAGUUGAUAAAUGAUUUGAUCAAUGAAUAUGAAAAUCUUGGAGAAAAUGACUCUUUUGUUACGACAACGAUAAAAGCCAGAGGAAUCAUCAACGAAUCGCUGAGUAAAGAAGCACAUCGACUUCCGAGAAAUCUGGAAGAGAUGCGAAAAAAUAUUAUUGUUGAUGUGAGCUCUGGACAGGCAAACGGUGCUCCGCCAAGCGAAUGUGGAAGUGAGGGAAGUUCGACGGGAAUCACUGGCGCAUUCAUGAAUCGAUCGGAUAAUCCACCAUCAAGAUUUAGAGGAAGCGAUAAACGGGAAUCGUUCACGACUUGCAUCAUCGUCGCUCCGUCAACAACAUCAGCGCCGCCAACACCGAAUUUCAUGAACACUCAACCGUCAACAUCCACUCAACAGCAAAAGAUUCCGGCUAGAAAACAGAUCUCUGUGGGCGCUGAGGGAAGUCAUUAUGCGUGUGGUGACAUUGUACUCAAUGUUUCAGAGGGUCAAUUCUUUGUGCCCGAGAACGGAAUCAUUCAGAAUGGAGAUCGGAGUCCGGCUGGGAAAAGCAAUCACUCAGUUUUCGAUUACGGUAGCAGCUCAGGCUACAGCACUUCGGAGUGUUCAAGAGAAUCGGAUUCAAACGUUGAACCGCUUAUUGAUAUGUUUCCUCAUUUUCCCCCAAAAAAUCAUUCU